GGUCAUAGAGGCUAGUUAACGACUGUGCGCCGCGCUUGCGAAUAGUAAUUUCAUCGAGAUAUUGUGAUAUUACGCGGACGCCAGAAAAUCGACAAAAAGAUCGCCAGUUUAAACGAAAAUGGGUGCAUACUUGACAAAGCCGAUUACGAAGAAAGUGUCGAGCGACGAAGUAGGGAAGAAUGUCGCAUUCGGCGCGAGUUCCAUGCAAGGCUGGCGAUUUAGGCAAGAGGAUGCACACAAUUGUUGCAUAGAUUUUGAUGAAAAUGUUUCCUUAUUUGCUGUGUACGAUGGCCAUGGUGGACACGAAGUGGCAACUUAUUGCGCACGUAAACUCCCCGAUUUUAUAAAACAAACUGAUGCAUACAAGAGAGGGGAUAUUAGGCAAGCUCUAAUCGAUGCCUUUCUAGGCUUUGAUGCCACGCUUGUGAAAAUUCAAGUACUUUAUAUUCUUAGAAAACUUGCAGAAAAUGAUCAACAUGAGUUGAUAAGUGAAUCUUCUGAUGAAGAAGAGAAUAUUAAUAAUCUAGAUGAAGAAGAGAAUGUUAAUAAUCUAAGUAUGGAGGCAACAAUGCCAUUGGAAGAAGUAAUGGCAAAGUACCAAUCGGAAUCAAAUACUAUUGGAGCAAAUCUGAAAAACGAAACAUGCAAUAAACCAGACUGUUCCGCGAGUCCUUUCUUACUUUCAUCGUCUGGUGCAGGGUGUUCAUCGUCAUCAUCUUCAUCAUCAUGGAAUACAAACGAGACAGAUGUGAGUAGUUCCAGCCAACCAUGUGUAUCUGCAUUAUCUAGCACAAUGGAAAGAAAAGAAUCUGAAUGUCCUGGAAGCAAUGAAGCUGAGCAGGUCCUCGAUUCGACAACCAGUAAUGGAAAUGAACCAACAAAAAGUGCAGAUAUGCCCGAUAGUUCAGAAGAUGUAGACAAAAAGGUCUCGAGUCCUGGCAAAAUUAUAUGUGCAGAAUCAAAUGCAAAUGAAGUAGAAGUAAAUGGCGCAGAGUCAAAACGAAUCGGAGAUGCGGACAGCAGUAAGAGUGGAGGUGACAAUGUAUCAAGUAGUUCGUGUACUCCUGUAGAAAAUGGGGACGCAGGGCAGCAAGAACGAAUAAGCAGCACCGGUAGAAGAAGAAUUCAGCCUAUUACUUUAUAUCACACACUUUUAAAGAAAGACACUGAAGAUUCUGAGGAAGAUGAUGACGACGAUGAAAAUGACGAAACAUUUGAUGGAGUUCCAGAAAACUUCAGCGACGAAGACGAUACCGAAGAUGUUGACGAAGAUGAAAGCGAUGAGGAUGAAGAUGAAGAAGACGAAGAUAGGGAUGAAGAAGACGAGGAUGGAGAUGACAACAUUGAUGACUAUAACGACGACAAUGAUAGUGCUCUGUUGAAACCGCCAGAGCCAGGUUAUGAUAGUGGAUGCACUGCAGUAGUUGCAAUAAUGAAGGGCAAUGAAUUAUAUGUAGCAAAUGUCGGAGACUCUCGUUGUGUUUUGUGUAGUAAUGGCGAAGCAGUUGAUCUUAGUUUAGAUCACAAACCUGAGGAUGAACCAGAAAAAAAACGUAUAAUAAAAGCUGGCGGAAAAAUAUCGGCCGGCGGUAGAAUAAAUGGCGGCCUUAAUUUAUCAAGGGCGAUCGGGGACCAUGCUUAUAAACAAAACGUUAAUUUACCGUUAGAAGAGCAAAUUAUCUCUUCACUUCCAGAUGUGAGGCAUAUUACGAUUGAACCAGGCAAAGAUGAAUUUAUAGUGCUUGCUUGUGAUGGCAUUUGGAACUUUAUGUCAAGUCAAGAUGUUAUAGAAUUUAUUUCAGAUCGCUUGACGAACAAUUACAAUAAUCUUUCGAAGAUCUGCGAAGAAUUAUUCGAUCAUUGUCUUGCACCUAAUACCCGUGGAGAUGGUACAGGAUGCGACAAUAUGACAGCUGUAAUAGUCCGAUUUAUAAAACAAACAGAUACCGUAACAAACAAUACUACUGCCGAAGUAUGUACUGUUAAAAGGGCAUUGUCGCCAUCUGUACCCACAGAAGAGAAUAAUGACUGUGUUACACAAGAAAACGCGACGCUACCUUGCAAACGUCCUAAAACCGAAGCGACUAUGUGAGAUACGUGUUAAAAUGUUAUGAAC